GGACAUGAGUGGUUUGAUGUAAAAAAGGAAAAUUAGAGAAUUAAAAUUUGGAACUUUAUAGACAAAAUAAAAAAAAAGAAGUUCGGAAGUAUUUAAUAAAAAGAAGAAGUUUCGUUAAUGCAUGGUUAGAUUGACACAUUCAGGUCCCUCUGCGACCCAAUUUUACUCUCUAUUAGAGCAUAAAAGUCCUCUCUGUCUCUCUCCCGAUUGUUUGAUUAUUCUGCCUCAAAGGAGAUCGAGACGCCAUGAAGACUCCAGCAAGGAAGAGGCUUAUGAGGGAUUUCAGGAGGUUGCUGCAAGAUCCUCCUGCUGGUAUCAGUGGUUCUCCUCAAGGCAACAUCUUCCUCUGGAACGCUGUUAUCUUUGGUCCAGAUGACACGCCUUGGGAUGGAGGUAUGUUUAAGUUGACCCUUAAGUUUACAGAGGAUUAUCCAAACAAACCACCAACUGUACGUUUUGUUACUCGGAUGUUUCACCCAAAUAUCUUUGCAGAUGGAAACAUUUGUCUUGACAUCUUGAAGAAACAAUGGAGUCCUGUUUAUGAUGUGUCCUCUCUUCUUACAUCUAUCCAGUCCCUUCUCUGUGAUCCCGACCCAUAUUAUUACCGUUUGCCGUCACGUUCCGGUAAUUCCAACGCAAAGUCACCUGUAGACUCAGAAGCUGCUCGCUUAUUCCGCGAGAACAAGCGAGAAUACAACAGUCGGGUUAAGGAGACUGUCGAACAGAGUUGGACCGCUGAUUAAUUAGCAAUUUUGGUAAAUGAAUGAUCUGUUUUUUGUAACAUUGUAAGAUAUUUCUAAUGUCAUUGGAUGGAAUGAAUCUAUGAUAACACAUCUUGCUUCCAAGUUUGUGUGUGUUUGUUCAUUCAAGAGCAUCAACGUUCGUUCCACGCCUUUGAUCUCUCCUCCCAUUGUCUUUCUUUAACUCCUGCUUGUUUACAAUGAAAAUACUCUUAAAACACAUAAUGUAUAUGGAAA